GUGUAAUCCUCCAUGGACGAUGAGCAGCUCCUCUCCCCACUCCAUCAUCAUUAUCAUCUGCGGGAAAAUGCGAGCGAUGGACGGUAAGAGAACGUCUUCCCGGGCCGCUCCUUCUCUCCCGCAGACAUGAGCGCAGUCCCGUCCGCCUCUUUCAGCCGCAACAAGUCACUCUCACCAUGCGGAUCCACUGCAAAGUAGUUGUGAUCGCCGUGUGUUUGGGAGUUUUCCUACUUUUGUACUUUUUGGGGGGCAAUGCCGCGGACGAUCCGCUGUUGAGAGAAGUUGCAGAUGAGGUGGAGAAGGGGAAGAAGGAGGAGGACAACAGAAAGUCUUCGCCGUCAAAGCCUGAGCUCGGGCGCGAUGUUGCGCCAAAAUUUACCGGGAAAGCACCCGCAAGAGUCGGCGUGCGUUUGGGGGAGAAUCUCCGGGGAAGGAAAGAGGCUAAAGCGGUCAACAGAGGAGCGAGCGUCAACGCGAAGAGCAGAUCGCAGAGCAACGUGGGCCGACCUGCGAUAAGGCGCAGCCGGGCUGAGCAGUUCAUGCACUUGGCUGUGGUCGCUUGUGGGAAUCGACUGGAUGAGACCCUCACCAUGGUCAAGUCAGCGCUCCUGUUCAGCCUCAAGAGGAUCAAGUUUCACAUUUUUGCUGAGGACCCCUUGGCCCCACAGUUUGAAGAAAGGCUGAACCAGUGGCCUCGCUCCGUCUCGGCAAGGUUCCAGUUCACCAUCUACCCCAUCACCUUCUCUGUGGGGAACGCUGACGAGUGGAAGAAGCUCUUCAAGCCCUGCGCUGCUCAGAGACUCUUCCUCCCUGUCAUCCUGAAGGAUGUGGACUCGUUACUCUACGUGGACACAGAUGUGCUGUUCCUGCGGCCCAUGGACGACAUCUGGAGGUUCCUGAAAUCUUUCAACAGCACUCAGCUCGCAGCGAUGGCUCCAGAGCACGAGGUCCCCAAGAUUGGCUGGUACAGCCGAUUCGCUCGCCACCCUUUCUACGGCGUCACCGGGGUCAACUCCGGUGUCAUGCUAAUGAAUCUCACAAGGAUCCGCAGCACAUUAUUCAAAAAUAGUAUGAUCCCCAGUGGCCUGACGUGGGAGGAUCUCCUCCAUCCACUCUAUCAGAAGUACAAGAACCACAUCACCUGGGGAGACCAGGAUCUCUUGAACAUUAUCUUCCACUACAACCCAGAGAGCCUCUUCAUCUUUCCCUGCCAGUGGAACUACAGGCCCGAUCACUGUAUGUACGGCAGUAACUGUAAAGAGGCUGAAGAGGAGGGCGUGUCCAUCCUCCACGGCAACCGCGGAGUGUAUCAUGACGACAAGCAGCCAGCUUUUAAAGUCGUCUAUGAUACAAUACGUGACUUUCCCUUCGAGGACAACAUGUUCGAGUCACUCUUCUACCCCAUCCAGACCAAAUUCCUGGACACGGUGAACACCCUGUGCGGUCGAGUCCCUCAAGUCUUCCUGAAACAGAUAGAAAAGACCAUGAGGAAGGUGUUUGAGGAUAGAGUGGUCAAACAUGUCCGGCCGCACAAAGGAACUUAAAGACAGAGAAAGGAAAUUGGACUCUUGUUUCUUAGAACAUGCCGAGGAAUGUCUUGGUGUGAAUUAUGCGUCAUACCAUCAUCGCUCAAAUAGAACUGGUGGCUCAGCAUGUGCAGUGCAUUCAACAAAAGACACUUCAUGGAAGAAUGGUCUCAUGCACAUUUAGACUCUCGGGUCAUGGUGUGGGUAAAAUCCUUUUGUGUACUCUGAAGCAUACAGUGCUGGUCAGUGAUGCUGUUGAACACAUUUUGCCUUAUUGCCAUCUAGGAAAUUUCACAUCUCAAAAAGGUGGUGAUGAAAUGUGAGAAAAUGUCAAUAUGAUACAGUGAAAAGAACAAGUAUCAGCUCUUCAUCUCAAGUGUAAAAGCAACACUACAAAAGCGUGUUUUUGUCAUUUUGUGUUUGACUAAAGAAUCUGCCAUUUUUUUUUCCUCAUGAAAAUGGCAUUGACUGCACAAAGUAGGCAUUCCGCUUGGGGAACCUGUACUACUUAGUAGUCCAUUCAUUAACCACUCCUUUAAAAUCAUGUGAAUGUUAAACAAGCAAUUACCUUGAAGAGUGAGCCUGUGUGGAUGAGAAUAAGUUGUGAGUUCCUUGUCUGUUCUGCAGUGUCCAAAUGCUACAGCAUCAACUGCGGUACAACGGAGGGGAAAUAUACAGACUUUAUUGUGAAUGUUAAAAUGCACUUUCAGAAUGUUUGUAUGUGACUGGAUGGUUGUACACAAAAUGUCACACUGUCUAAUCAAUACCAAAAGUAUUAGUGUUAAAAAGAAAUGUGACAUAUUAUAGCUCAUUAUGUGCCAUAUAUUCAAGUCUGCCAUGUUUACUACAAUAACAAAGAAAAUGACUGGUAUUGACAUGUGUGUUUUUGUACUAUGUUGUGUACACCUGGGUCAUAUGUAAUGUUGCAACAUUACAUACUCUUAAUUGUGAACUGAUGUAUCAAAUGAUUCAAACUGGAAACUGAAAAUGGCUGUGCAGUCAUCACAUGUUUCUAAAUAAAACAAUGCAAUGUCCUGA